AUGGUAUCUGUGGGAACCAUCUCGGAGCAAGACCUUUGGCUAAGAAAGUCAUAUGAGUCGGAGCACCCACAAGCAAAUGGGCAAGUUGAGGCAGCUAACAAGGUUAUACUGGCUGGGCUGAAAAAAAGGUUGCAAGAUGCAAAGGGAGCCUGGGCUGAGGAACUCCCUCAGAUACUAUGGGCAUAUCGGACUACACCUCAGUCUGCCACAGGAGAAACAUCCUUCCGACUUGCUUAUGGCAUAGAAGCUAUGAUACCAGUGGAAAUAAAUGAGCAUAGUCCAAGGGUGAGUUUCUACGACGAGGUUGGCAACAUUCAAGGGAACAAAGAAGAACUCGAGCUACUCCCUGAAGUCCGAGAACAAGCCCAGAUAAAGGAAGCAGUGUUGAAUUAA